CAACGCCCAAAAUGGCGGCACGAUUGAAAAGUUUUGACUGUUUGGAACGAGUUUGUCUUCUUUACACAUUAUUCGUUUUUCUAUUUUAACAUCCCUAAGGCGCACCGUUUUUACGUUGGUGGCGCGCCGAUGGUUCCUGUAACAUUUAAGGAAUUGCCAAAAACGAGCAUUUAAGCCCGCAGCUUGAAAUUCUGACUUCACUUUACUGAAGCUAUGCUAGGCUAAGCUAGGCUAGCAACUACUGACAGAUGAAUGUUGGUUAAAAGCUUCGGGAGUUAUGUCUUGUCUCAUCAAGAUCUCCAAGCUGAAUUGAAUAUGAAGAAGAGGACCCUUACAUAGAGAUGGACGAUGAUGUGAAAAAAGUGAAAAAGCCUGGUAUCGUGUCUCCGUUCAAGCGUGUCUUCCUGAAAGGAGAGAAGGGGCGGGAUAAAAAGGCUCAGGAGAAGGCUACAGAGCGCAGGGCUCUCCACACCUUCUCACUCUCUCAGCCUGACCACCGCAUCGACCCUGACAUCCUGCUUAACGACUACAUCGAGAAGGAAGUCAAAUACCUGGGGCAGCUGACGUCAGUACCAGGAUACUUGAACCCAUCAAGUCGCACAGAAGUCCUACAGCUCAUUGAUAAUGCAAGGAAGUCACAUCAGUUGGCAGGCCAGCUGACAUCAGAACAGGAUGCAGUGGUAAGCUUGUCCGCAUACAACAUAAAGCUUGUGUGGCGAGAUGGAGAGGACAUCAUCCUGAGAGUACCCAUCCAUGAUAUUGCUGCUGUAUCCUACAUCAGAGAUGACUCCUUGCACCUUGUGGUGCUUAAAACGGCCCAGGAGUCAGGGGGCUCUCCCUGUCCCAGCUCAUGUCCAGAUCUCAAUAAGUCCCAGACCCUGAGUUCUUUAUCAGAGAGUGGAGCAGUGCUCGUAGAAGUCUGCUGUCUGCUUGUCUUGGCAGUUGAUAAUAAGGCAGCAGCAGAGGAGCUGUGUCUUUUGCUCAGCCAAGUCUUUCAGAUUGUUUACACAGAAUCAACCAUCGAUUUCUUAGACAGAGCAAUUUUUGAUGGAGCAACCACACCUACCAGACACCUUUCUCUAUGUAGUGAUGAUUCGGCAAGCAAAGUGGAUGUUAAGGAGGCUUUUGAAGCAGACACCAGCACUUUUCCUUUCCAGGAUUCCAUGGAGGCUGAAGGAAAUUCACCUCCAGCUUCCACGCCAACAUCCCCUCAGACCAAAACCGCCAGUGAAGGAGAACUCAGUACCACUGCAGCUGAGCUGCUGCAAGACUACAUGACCACACUGCGGACUAAGUUGUCAUCCCAGGAGAUCCAACAGUUUGCUACUCUGCUCCGUGAAUAUCGUAACGGUGCCUCUAUUCACGAGUUCUGCAUUAACCUGAGACAGCUUUACGGGGACAGCAGGAAGUUCCUCCUACUCGGCCUACGUGCUUUCAUACCAGAGAAGGACAGCCAGCACUUUGAGAAUUUUCUCGAGACCAUUGGCGUAAAGGAUGGCCGAGGCAUCAUCACAGACAGCUUUGGCCGUUACCGACGCACAGCCAGCUCAGCCUCCGAUUCCACCACCAACGGAAAUGGAGCAGCAGGAGGAAGUGGCGACAGUGCAGCCUCAGACGAGGGCCAGGAGGCCUCUGAGGGUGACGAAUGGGACCGUAUGAUCACUGAUAUCAGUAACGACAUUGAAGCUCUGGGCUGCAGUAUGGACCAGGAGGGGGUCACACCCUGACACGGUGAACAAAAUGAGGUAAUAUUUAGAACUGGGGGCGUGGAAGGACAGCCACUCCUGGGAACACAGCGGUCAUGAACUGAAGGGAUCAGAUGAAGGUGGUCCUUAGCACUGACAUUUUGCGUAAUUGUAUUUUCCUCUAAUUGUCAAGAGGAUACAGUAUAGUUCCUGAGCAUCCAAGGAAAACCUCAAAAUAUUACCACGAAAACAUGAAGUCAACAAAUGCACUUAUCCAUAGUCUGUAGAUGAUCCAGAGUCAGUUGGCUAUUUUGCAUUUCAGAGGGAUUCAUAGCCUCUGGUCUAUUUUUACAGUUUCUUUGGUUGUACAAUCAUUUAUUGGCAGUAUCUGCCACUGCUGUCAGCAAUGUAGCUAAACAUUUCCAGAGUGAUUGAGAUUAUUUCAUUGUUUUUACCCUCAAAGACUCUUGGGAAUCCAUCAGAGGACUGUGUGCAUGUUUUUGAAGGUGAAGACUGAGGCUGUACUAGUUUGUUCUUUUGUAUUACUAUAGGUCAGUUGGCUUCAAUCCCCAGGUUUUUUUCAGUGAUUUCACAUUUGUGUGUUGCUGUGAGAGUUUAAUAUUUUGCUAUAUAUAUAAUUUUUUUUCCAUAGGUUUGGUGUACCAUUUAGUUUUACACUAUCAUUUGUUAUCAGUGUUUACUCGUUUAUAUAAUUUUGCCUUACUCAAACUGACCAAGGAAAUGCUGUACAACAAAAAUAUUCUCAUUCAGUUUAAGCAAUUGAGUGGGGACUGUCUUUGACAAAGCCAGUUAGUUAAUGGCUGAUGUAAAUUUAUGGUUUUUAGAUUUUUUUUUUUCCAUGCAGGUCAUCUAUGUUGUUUGACAUUACAUAUUGUAAAUUUUUAAUUGUGCCUUUACACUGCAGCACUGCUGCCAAAUGUCUGUCACAAUCCAGACAUGGAAUUAUGAACUAAAACUACAGUUGCUGAGCAAAUCAUGGUUAUUAAAUAACAGUUACUUUACA